AUGGCCGACUCAACCACCCACCAAACCGCCAAGACACAGUAUGUCAACGGCCCCAACGAUAGCACGAAGUAUGCCUACCGCCGCUUCGGCAACGCGAACACGACAGCCCCACCCGUGCUUUUCUUGAUCCACUUCCGCGGCACGAUGGACUUCUGGGACCCGCUUCUCAUCAACACCAUUGCCGCAACGAGACCAGUGAUCCUCCUCGACCAGUCCGGCGUUGGGAAGCCCGCAGAGCUCGACGUGUUCGGCUUCAGCAUGGGUGGAUACGUCACGCAGAUGGUCGCGCUUGAUGCACCAGCUAAACUUGGUACAUCUGGACCUAAUAUCCGCAGACUCGUCCUCGCUGGCACGGGCACGUCCGCCGGCGAGGGGAUCGAGCCCAACACGCAAGAACGUGCUGGACAAGUGACGAAGCACGCGACCGUCCCUGAGCCGAGGUAUGACAACUGCUUCUACUGGAUCUUCUUCCAUCCCAACUCCGAAACAUCACAAGCCGCAGGUAAAGCCUGGUGGAAGCGUAUCCAUGAACGCGACGAGUCUACCUCUGGUGAGCCCCGCUCAAACGCCGUGUCGUGGCAGUACGCGGACCAGGGUGCUGGGUUGAAAGCCAUGGCGGGUGCACAACAGAUAUGGCUCGACCCGGCGCAGGUAGCCGAUGGGGCGUUUGAGAGGUUUGGGGAGUUGAAGGACACGCCGGUGCUCAUCGGCCAGGGCGUGGAUGAUUAUAUGAUUCCGACGAGCCAGAGUGUUGUCAUGCAGCAAAGGCUGCCGGACGCAAGACUUUUUCUAUAUCCGGAUAGUGGGCAUGCGUUCUUGUACCAGUUUGCGGAGGAGUUUGGGAAGACUGUGGUGUCAUUCUUGGAUGCAGGACUGAAAGCCAGUCUGUGGUCGGGCCGGAUAUGA